AUGGACUAUCUCGCCUUCGGCUUCUCCGACGGCGUCGGCUCGCGCUCCUCGCUCUCGCUCCAGAACGGCGACCAGCCGAUCGAGCGGCGCACGAGCCGUCUCUGGAUCAAUAAGCUCACGGGCCGCGUCGACGACGAGCCGGCGAGCCUCCCGGCGCGCCCCAAUCGAUUGACGCCGACGCGCAGUUUUCCUCAAGUCGCCGUGGGCCUGGAGGCGCCCUCCGACGGCCGCCGCACGACGCAAUCGCCGCCGCGGCGGCUGUCGACGGUCGUCAGCGACCCGAGUGCCCAGAGCGGCCAGAGCCUCGACGCCGACCUGCGCAACCGCCUGGCGGCCUGUGAGGAAGCGCUCGACGCCGUCCAGACACGCCUGGCAACGCUCGAGGCCCAAGUUCACGGCGUGGACGACGACGAGCUCGAGGACGUCUCGGACGCGAACUGGGCCAGCGCGACGCGCGCCGUCACGGACCUCGACCGCCAGGUCGCGGCGCUCCGCCGGCGCCUUCCACCGCUCGACGCGCCCCGGGACGAGCCGCCGCCGCGGCCGGCGCGCGCCGGCUGGGCCUGCUGCAACUUCUUCGGCCGCCGCGCGCCCGCGCUCCCGGCGGGCCUGCCGCGGCCGACGUCGCUCGACCGGAUCACGCCGUUCAACGAGCGCAUGGCGCCGACGCCCGCGUCCGGGACGAGGUGUCUCGACGCGUCGCCGGACGCGCCGGCGCCGGUGCGCGGCCGCCGCGGCUUCUCGGGACGGUUCGAGCCAAACUUGUCCGAGCAGCUGGCCCAGUUCUCGCACAAGGCCCCGUCGCCGGCGGAGAGCCUCUUUUCGCGGACGCUCCCGAAGACGUCGCCGCUCUCGACGCCCGGGACGUCGCAAGAGGCCCAUCCGCCGACGCCGCCGCUCACGCCGCCCCUGACGCCCCCCGAGGGGACGCAGACGAAGCCGCAGGUGCUCGUAGGGCGGUGGCUGCCGGCCUACGGCGAGGAGGCGCCGCUCUAG